CGAGCAGCGACAAGGCUAUCAACUGAGGGACCAGUCUCGUAGCCUUGCUAGAGAACGCCGCUGAUAGCAAGGCGAUAAAGAGCAUACUAGUGGAUUCGAAGUUUCUCUAUCUUGCAUCUGCAUGCGCCGCGGCCGAUCACACAGAGGCAACCAUGGCGUCAAUGAUGCCUGACAUAGUGGUGAGUGUAGACUUCGGCAUGACCUGCACGGGUGUCGCCUAUCAGAACCUCUCCGUAGCCUCUGAGACAGUCCAAUGGAUUAAUAAAUGGCCGGGCCGUUCGCAAGCCGCCGAAAACAAGGUGCCGACUGCGCUCGUCUACCCACGCGAAUUCUCUGGCGUACCCACAUCAUGGGGCUUCCAAUCCGAAGAAGCGAGCGAGCAGCUCGAUCACUCCAAAGUGUACCGCGAAUGGUUCAAGGUCCUACUGGAUCCGGCGCGACUGAUCGAACAGCAAGCGAAGAAUCCGCUCACCACGGCGAAAAGCGUCGAUGAGAUCAAGAAGUGGUACACCGACUACCUGUGCAAGCUGUACGGGACUAUUGAGCGAAAACUUUCCGGACAGCUGAGUAGGCGGUGGGAGGAUGCAUGCGUGGAAUACAUCUUCAGCGUGCCGACGACGUGGAGUCCUCCGAUUGUCGAGAAUUUUCGGGAAGUCAUCGAAGCGGCUGGGUUCGGACAAUGCGAGGACCAUAGCGUGAUAAUCGAUCUGACUGAAGCCGAAGCAGCAGCAGUGUUCUCCUCGCGAGAGACGCCAGGACUCUUCAAGACUGGGGAUAUUCUACUUGUUUGCGACGCUGGUGGGGGAACCACGGAUCUAUCGGUAUUGCGCGUCAUGAACACAGAUGGAGGGUCGCUCAGACUUGACCAGCUAGACAUGGUGCACGGAGAAGCCAUUGGGUCAACAGCGAUCGACCGCUCAUUUCAAGUGUUGGUAGAGAAACGACUUACCGAAGCCAACAAGCAGUAUGCACUGGAUAUCGACAUCCAAACGGCAGCGUGGGAGAUGAUGAAGAGCAAAGAAUUCCAGAACGUGAAAUGCGAAAUGGGCUCCCCGGACGAGCCGCCGAGCUUCAAACUGCCGAUCCGGGGGCUCCGGCCGGACUACAAAGACCUGAUAUCCGGAAUCGAAGCCGGAUUCAUGACCUUCACGCUAGACGAUCUCCAAAAGCUCUUCGACCGGCAAAUCGACAAAGUCUGCCACUUGAUCAAUCGACAGCUCCAGACGAUCCAGAAGAAGUAUCCGCUCGAGCGCAUCGCACACUUGGUUCUCUCCGGAGGCCUCGGGAAUAGCGGAUACGUCCACCAACGGCUUUCCCAACGGUACAUGACACCGGACUGUCCGUGGCCGUGCGCCAAGGACAUGCAGAUCCGAACCAGCCCGGACCCCCAGCUUGCCGUUUGCAAGGGAAUGAUUGUGAAUCGCGUGCAGAAGCUGCGCAGCAACAAGUCGCCGAUUGGCAUCCGCUGUUGCCGUGCAUCGUACGGCUCGCUGUGCAAGGAGCUGUAUAACCCGAACUACGCAGCUCAUGCGAACAUACCCUCAGAGAUAGACCCCCUGAAUGGCAAGGAGUACGUCGUGAACGUAGUGGAAUGGUACAUUAAGAAGGGCGAACCGAUCGACGCAGACGCGCCGAUGAUGAAGCAGUACAAGCGGCGCGUCCCAGCAGGAGACUCCAAACUCGAGAUUGCCUCGUCCCUGGUGACAUCCGACCUCGACGCACACAAGCUCCCAUACAGACUCUCCCCAGACGUCCACCACAUCUGCGACCUCUACGCCACCAUCCCCGCGUCCGAAGGCAUCCUCCACCGAAGCAGCCGCUUCAAGCCAUGGAAGAAGUCCCGCUCAUACAUGCGCAUCGACUUUGAAAUCAAGAUCAUCAUCGGGCCUGCCGACCUGCGCUUCGAACUGUGGCGUCAAGGCAGGAAAAUGUCUGGCGAGCGCUCCAUCAAAGUCGACUUUGCCCCGCUUGAAGACCCCACGCCCGUCUUCUCCCCUCACACCACUCAGCACGUCUCCCCUCUAACCGCACAUCCCCCGAGCAAACACAACAGCAACAACAAUCACCAGAACAAAAACAACCACAACAACAACCACAACAGCAACAAUCACCACCACAAAACCAACAGCCACAACAACAACCGCACCUCCCGCCAAUCCACCAUCCCCCCCGAAGCAGACGGCCUCAUCCCCGUUACCAACACCGACGAGCGCCGCAGGAGCCUCCUAUACAACCCCAACCCCAACAACAGCCACCACAACCCCAAGCGCACCAGCACCAACACCAUCACCAACAUCAACACCACACCCACCCACACCCCAUCCAGCGAACCCCACGCCCAACCCCCAAAGCCGCCCAGAGCCGUCUUCGGCGACAAGGAGAUGCAAGGCGACAACGCACGCGGCUCGACGGCGAGUAUACCGAGUAUCAUCGUCAGUCCGGUCGAUGGGACGCUGAUCGCGACGGGGGAUGUGUAUCGGUGAAUUUUGUUGUGGCUUGGGAGUGGGAGGCCCGUGGUGCGUGGGUGUUGGGAUGGGAUGGCAUGGCGCCGCGUGAUUUGA